GGUCGUGGCGGGGCUUUAGGAACCAUAGGCGAUUCCGGUUGGCUCCUGGACAUGACAGACGUGAGUCGGGCGUGUCUGAAGUGUGAAAGUGGGCAUGUUAUCAGCGGUCAAAGGAAGAGGCUAGUUUUCCAUUCCAUCCAUUCAUAGCGCAACCGCUCAUAACGUGCACUGACGCAUAGGCGAGAUAGGGAUCAACGAGAGAGAGACAGAGAGAGGGUUGGAUUAGGGCACUGACAGCCACCUCAGUCAAACAGUUGAGAGAUACACGGUCACAACCUGCUGAGGGGGCAAAACUAACGGGACCGGAAAGUCUAAAUCCAAUCCAGAUCACCUCUUAAAACCGGUUAGGGAGAGAAGACCACUGACCACCUCGAGACCCCGCACUGAUUGAAAAGAGAGAAGAGUUGGAGAGUAAAACAAUCAGUUUUGAAAAAUAAUUCAAAUUGAUCAAUCCAGCCACCCUAUACUCUGAACCAUGGAGCGCAAAAUCCCUGACUUCGCUGGUACCUGGAAGAUGAAGAGCUCAGAGAACUUCGAGGAGCUUCUCAAAGCGCUGGGUGUGAACGUGAUGCUGCGUAAGAUAGCGGUGGCAGCAGCCUCCAAGCCGUCGGUGGAGAUCACCCAGGAGGGAGAGACUCUGUCCAUACGAACCUUCACCUCCGUCAGAACCACCCACGUCACCUUCACCGUGGGAGAGUCCUUCAACGAGGCCACGGUCGACGGACGCCCCUGCACGAGUCUUCCAAAGUGGGAGACAGACAGUAAGAUCAGCUGUGAGCAGACUCUGCAGAAAGGGGAGGGACCUAAGACCGCCUGGACCCGAGAGAUAACCAAUGACGGCGAGCUCAUCCUGUUUUAUCAUUGGAAUGUGAUACAAAACGUGGCAACGGUUUGCUUUAGGACCAUGCGGGUGCCUCCGAGCGAUCGGACCAUGAGUGCGGACGAUGUGGUGUGCACCAGAGUCUACGUACGAGAGUGAAAGAGAAGACAACUCUUCAUCCUUCCAUCUCUCUCACCACUCACUCCACAAACCCCCAGCCAGAAUGGGCAGGGCGAAAGCAGCUUGUAGAAUCUAGUUUAACUCCAGUAUAUCUGUCACAAAGCCAUGGGAUUGAACCCAGUCUAGUUGACCUAUAUCUAUUAAAGUCAGUCUUGCCAAUGUUCUGUCCACUUACUCAGUGAGGUUGUUAACCUGAAAUUGGGUCUUUUUCUGAGUCUUUGUACGUGCAAGGUUAUUGAUCCAUGUGUGUGUAUGUGUGUGUGUGUGUACGUGCUAGUCAGUGGAGUAGGUCUAAGUGUGUGUAUCAGUGUCUGACUAUAUUUGUAGUUGUGUAAACCUAUGAGCUCUUCCAGUUAUAAGGUCAGUUACUUUGUGUCCGUUCUCUCUCUCCUUCUCUCUUCCCUCUUAUCUCUAAGUCGUUAAAGUUGUAUAUUUAUGACACUAGAUCUGAUACCGUGUUGCUAUGGUUUUUACUUUGUCUCUUUUAUAUAAAAUCUGAUCAUAGGAAAUGAUGCUUUCUAUGGGAAGACAAUAAAACCCCAUGUUGACUCCA